CUUGGACGGGACUAAGUUCGCUCGUCCUUUGGUAGCUUGUGAAGGAGUUGCUUGGCUUGCUUUUGCACGAGCUUAUUAAGUUGUAAUCUUCUGUUCGGUAUGGUAGGGAUUUGUAUCUGGACAGGUGAGUUAUUAUGGAGACUUGGGGAAUGGUAUGAUCUUUUCGUAGAGAAAAGUAUUGACGUCGAGGAUUUCCCUCCCCUUCCAAUAAUCAUCCACCAGCCCUGUUCUGGCCCACGGUCAGCUCAUCCCGCUUGCAUUUUGUGGGGUAACGAAAGCAAUCCUAGAUUGAGCUUCUUCUUCUUCUUCUUCUUCUUCUUCUUCUUCUGCUUUUCAUCAAUUAUUAUCUUCUUUCCAUCUUAUCACAGUCUUCUUCUUCAGCUGCUGGUCCCCCCCCCCCAAUUAAUUCCUUUUCUCUACACCAUUAUUUGACCGCUACCAAGCUCCCCGGAUUCUCUUUAUGUCUUGACCCCUUUCAACCGGCUGACUCAACAUCUUUAUUCACGAUUGCCUGAUUCCAACUACA